AUGGAAUCUGAAGAACAUACAAUGGCAUUAAAAGUGAUGAGGCUAACUAGACCUACCUUAGCAAGUCCCCUUCCCAUUACUUGUGAUAGUAAAGAUUUGCCAGGUAAUUUACUAAAUAACGCCUUGCAGCAAGAUCCUACUUCUGUAGAAGGCACUGAAACCUUAUCUGUAGGACAAUUUUUGCUUUUACCACAGACUCCAGUUAAUAUAUAUUUAGGGGAAACUUUCUCCAGUUAUAUCUGUGUUUAUAGUGAAUCUAAAGAAACUGUUAAAAAUGUUAAUGUUAAAGUUGAUUUGCAAACAAGUGCCCAAAGAUUAUCAUUGUCUUCGAAUCCAACUACAGAUCAACUUCCUCCUGAUAAAACAAUUGAUAUUGUUAUACAUCAUGAAGUAAAAGAAAUAGGAACACAUAUUUUAAUAUGUGAAGUUACAUAUCAACCAUCAGAUGGUGCGCCCAUGUCAUUUAGAAAAUUUUUCAAAAUUAUGGUUUUAAAGCCAUUAGAUGUUAAGACCAAAUUCUAUAAUGCUGAAAAUGACGAUGUAUAUUUAGAAGCACAAGUACAAAAUAUAACAGCUGGUCCUAUAUGUUUAGAAAAAGUUGCUCUAGAUGCUUCACAUUUAUUUAAUGUGGUUUCAUUAAAUUCAAAUACAAAAGGUGACAGUAUAUUUGGCAAAAUGACUAUUCUUCAACCUCAAGCUAUUUGCCAAUUCCUUUAUUGUUUAGUGCCUAACGAAAAAUUAUCGUCAGAUUUAAAAUCAUUAAGUGGAGCAACAAAUAUCGGUAAAUUGGAUAUUGUCUGGAGAUCCAAUUUGGGUGAAAGGGGAAGAUUGCAAACUAGUCAACUUCAAAGGAUGAGUCCUGAAUAUGGAGAUAUAAGAAUGACAAUAGUAGAACUGCCAAAUUUUGUUACUUUAGAGGAACUUUUUACUUUUAAAUGCAAACUUAUUAAUAAUUGUGAGCGGACAGUUGAGCUUAUUAUUUAUUUAGAAAACGUAGAAGGUAUUGGGUGGUGUGAUAUUUCUGGAAGACAAUUAGAACCUCUGCUUCCACAUUCUCAUACCGUUUUAGAAUUCAGAUGCAUUCCAUUGCUCCCAGGACUGAGAACACUUUCGGGAAUAAAAUUACUGGAUACGUUCCUAAAACGUACAUAUACCUAUGAUGAAUUAGGUCAGAUUUUUGUUGUGGCCGAUCAUAAUACAAAACAGACAUAA